AUUCCUCUUUUUUGUCUCACUCGUAGCCCUUUCAAUUCAUUUCUUCUUCUGGGCUUGGUUUUGUUUUGUUUUUCACUAAAAUUGUGCAGUUUUUUUCUGCUUAUUAAAUGUUUCCAGUUUAUUCUUGUUAUAUAUGACCUUUGGCUGUCAUGCGAAGCUGAGAUGAUCCAUUGUUCCCCGGUUCAAUGUAUUCAUUCUUUUUCAUAAUUUGAAACUGUGUUCUCUUCAAAUGAGCAAAUUUUUUCCGGAGAAAUGAAGCAAAAUUUUGUCUGUUUUGCAUACUUCCCAAGCACAGUAUUCUAUGAUAGAGAUGGCAAUUGACUCCAAAGUUUUUUUUUUGAAAAUUACGCAGUAUAAUAGCAUGAAAUAAAUUAGAUGAACUGAAUCACAAGCUUCUGUACACCACAACUGAACUGGAGACUGUGAAAAUGGAAGCGAGGAAGUACAAAGAGGAGGUCAAGCAUUUGCUCAAUCUUCUUAAGGUUGCAUAUCAGGAAAGAGAUGAAGCUAAAGAUCAAAUGCAAAAACUACUGAAUAAAUUCAUGUCUUCAAGCCCAACUGAAUUUCACCCCAAUAUACUUAGCCAUCUCCCACAUGAAAGUCCUCUUGUAGUUGUGCCAACAAAAGCAAAUUCAAGCAUUACUGAAUCUAAUAGUCACUCUGAUACAUAUAAUCCACAGUCACAUGGGUCAUCUCCUGUUAAUUCCAUUUUUGACACUGUUUCCUCCCCUGAUUUCUCCAACAUUAACAUGGCUGAUUCAAGAAACCUGAAUUUUGUUAACCAGCCUUUUGUUGAUGACUACAAUGGCCCUAUCCCAACAGGAGUAGUCUCUUCAGUAGUGACCAAAAUUGAUCCGGCUAGUGUGCUUCUUGACAGUCUGGUUAAGGGAAAAACUCUGCCUCAGAAAGGGAAACUAUUGCAAUCUGUGAUGGAAGCAGGCCCCCUUCUGCAGACCCUGCUGGUUGCUGGCCCAUUGCCGAGAUGGAGAAAUCCUCCUCCUUUGCAACCUUUCAAAAUCCCACCUUUUUCCAUAAGAGCUUCUGAAACUAUGAGUAUUAAUCAGAAACCAGGUGCUAAAUUAGGCUGUGUUGCUGAAAGGUCGCUGAAUUCAUCAUCAUCCUACCUUCAAAUGCCUUGCGCCUCUCCUCAAAUGUGUUCUACAUCCAUUUUAAACUUUUCAACAUGUCCUGCUGCUGCUGCUGUCCAGAGUAAUGAGGUACUCUUAACUGCAGGUGCUAUCAUAAACAACCAAAUCCCACCUAGCAAGCGGCAAAGGUUUCAAUAUUGAGACUGAAGAUUUUGUUUCAGUCUUGUAAAAAUUAGUUGUUGAUGGUGUAAAUGUGAUAUAUUUCUGGGUUUGAAAUAACAUAGAGUUUUAACUUAAUUUUUUCAUGGUUUCUUGGACAUUUAGAUGUUACACCAGUCACCAGUGGUGUUUGUAUUAUAAAAGUGAUGGAAUUUUUUCUUA